ACGGCGCUAUCUGAGCCAGUCGCGCGUAAAUCCCUGUUUAUCUGUAAUCGCAGAGUCGCGUAAUCGAGUCGCGUAAUCGAGUCUGAAAUUUUUCAUCUGUAUCUUUCUAUAUUAUCGUUUUACUAGCGGUCGAGUCGAAUGGCGACGACAUCCUGGUCAGCUCGGACGUGCUCCAGAUUUCCACGCGAGUUCCGCUCUAAUCCUUCCUGCCGCUGUCUCCGAUUUGCGUGUCGAUUAAUCGAUCGAUAAACGCUUAUGUCAUCUUAGAUUCUGAAUCGUUACCGGGUCUGCGUGAUUACUUGCAACCGAUAGGUAAAAAUGUCAGAUGGAGAAUAUACGUGCGUAUGCCACGUUUCUUUUGUUUCAUAAAUUAGAGGUCUGUUCUUUCUAGCUGAACUAUCUGACACGGUGCAAUAAGUUAGAGUGAGACAAAUAUAUUUUAUUUUACUCAAAUUUAUUGCACCAGUUCAGGCAGCUCAGCUAAACAGAACAAACCUUAGAUCUCGAUUAUAUUUCGAUGAUUCGGAUGUGCAAACAGAUUCGAUGGCUAUGAACUGUGAAUCUACUUUUAAAACUGUCCAAGUCGCGCUCGAUACAUACAAACAACAUACCAUUUUUCUGCUCUUUCGUGCUCAAAAUUCAAAAAAGUUUCAAGUAAACGCGUGAAUCUCACGCAAUACAAUUUUAUCAUUUUAAUUUUAUCUAUGGGCACAACUGGCACGUAACAACGUGGAUAUUGAGUGGAUUCGUCAAAAUGUCAAAUAAAAUUAACCCGGGUUCGCCACUGGCAAAUGUCGUGUCGGAAAUUGAGGAACGUCGAUGCGACCUCAUCGAUCGCCACGGGCAGCUUCGAGACAAAAUUGCUACGAUGGAACGCUCCAUUCCAGCUCUGAUGACGUGCAAUAUGUGGAGAAUAGCCAUCGACGGUCCAGACUGCCGCGACGGUACAAUGCGACAGAUCAUGAAUAAGUUUUUACCACAGCCGGAUCUUGUCGCUCAACUUCUUGUCGAAUUAAAAGGCAAUGUCAACGAUCUCCGUCUGGAAACAGUAAAGUUGCAUGAUAAGAUUAUAGAUACGGAUGUGAAGUUGGAAGAAACUACCAUGGAAUUGGAGUCUGUGGAACUGGCUAACAAAGAGAUGGAAGAGAAGCUGAUAGGCUUGCGUAAUCAAGCAGAAAAAUACAAUACACCGAGCCUACAUUCCAUCCAUUCCGAAGACCUGAUAUGUCUGAAAAAGAUUCGUCAGUUUGCCGAAGAGGAACUCGAUUUGAAGAGUUGCAUCAAGGAACUGGAGGACAAAGAAGAUACGUAUAGACGACAAAUGAAAAAAUUUUUACCUUGUGAGAAAUUUCAGGGCAAUGACGAGAAAGUAAUGGGAUGUGUACAGGAUUCGAUGGGAAACGAUAGAAAGGUCUCCGAACGCAACGUAGACGCGAUAAAGGAAAUCUAUACUUGUAAAGAUGUUGGACAAAAAGCUCGUUGUACGUGCCCAACGAAAUCGUUUCAAACAUAUCGCUUGUUGAAUUUGUAUAAAAAUUUCUGCCCGCCACUUUCACGUUACAUCCCGUUGGACAAUUGUGCACCGUGUUCAACCACAAAAUGCAAACCUCGCGAUAAUCGAGCAUCUUGCCAACCGGUUGUUUCUGCUACAUCGAAGGCCGGACCUUUCUAUACGAUAGAUACUUAUCGCGAAUCUGAUAUCAUCUCAAAGACAGAUGUAUUGCGUUCUCUCAAAAAUUCGAUACAUUUUCCUGUGCUGUGCGAACACGAUAAAAUUGACAACGCGUGUGAGAUUUGUGCUCCUUGCGAACAAAUCGAUAGCUACAAUUAAUGUACAUGCGAAGGAAAGUGCACGUGCAGAUAAUCGACUGCACCAUUAUGUAUUGAUG